GAGAGAGAGCACAUGGGGGACAGAGUCCAGAGUUUUAUUUAAGAAGACAUAAGGUGACCCUCCAAAUGCAAGAGAGAAAACACCAAAGUGAGGCCACCCAAAAAAAAACUGAGAGAAAUUUCAGAUUUGUCAACAGUGUUCGAUCAUUUCAGUUUUCUCCAUAAUUCCCCCCUUUUGUUCUGCAAUUCCCCGCUUCUCUGAAUUCCUUUCUGUAAUCGUCUGUCUUUCAAGCUGAACAAAUUAGUGUAAAAAACUAAGCUUUAAACAAGCCUAUACGAGGUUGGUUUUUUGAAAGCCAGGUGAUCCAGAAUAGAGAUCCAGGUUUCUUUUUCUUUUUCCUUUAAAUCAAUUGCAAAGUUUUAAUCUCCAUCUUCAUCAGUUAAGAGGGUUUGUUUUUGUUCCCUCAAGGUUGUUUUUUUUUUCCUUCUAUCAAACUAUUGCUGUUUUAGUUUUUGGAUAUGGCAGCAGCUAUAGAUAUGUAUAAUAGCAGCAGUAACUCGGUUUUUUCAGAUCCUUUUAGAGAAGAGUUAAUGAAAGCACUUGAACCUUUUAUGAAAAGUGCUUCAUCUACUCUUCAUUUAUCUUCUUCUUCAUCCUCUUUCUCAUAUUCUCAACUUCCUCCACAGCCUAACAUGGAUCAUGGGUUCUUUAACUAUAACAAUCUGGUUAGUUUGGAGCAAACGGGUUCAAUCGGGCUUAACCAACUCAACCCUUCCCAAAUCCUUCAAAUUCAAGCUCAAAUUUAUCAACAGCAGCUUGAUUCCAUGGUUUCAACAACACCUGUUCAAAACAAGAGGCUCAACUUUCUUUCCCCGAAAGCUGUUCCUAUGAAACAUGUGUCCUCAUCUCCUCCCAAGCCUGCAAAACUCUACAGGGGAGUGAGGCAGAGGCACUGGGGGAAAUGGGUUGCUGAAAUCAGACUCCCAAAGAACCGAACCAGACUUUGGCUCGGUACUUUCGAUACAGCGGAAGAAGCAGCUUUGGCAUAUGACAAGGCUGCUUACAUGCUCCGAGGAGAAUUCGCCAGGCUCAACUUCCCCCACCUCAAGCACCAAGGAUCUCAUGUUUCUGAUGAAUACGGUGGUUUCAAGCCUCUCCAUUCCUCGGUUGAUGCAAAGCUACAAGCCAUCAGUCAGAGCUUGGGGAAGACCUCUCCCGUUCCCGACUCAAAACCCAAGGUGAAGACGGAGGAGUUGGAUCAGUCUCCAAGGUUAUCCCAUGAAUCAUUGGCGGGAUCUUCUUCCCCAGAAUCCGAUAUCACUUUCUUGGAUUUCUCUGAUUCAAAGUGGGAAGACACUGAAAACUUCAGUUUGGAAAAGUUCCCUUCAGUGGAAAUCGAUUGGGAAGCCAUCAGGGAACUUUCUUGAGUCUUGAAAACAAAAUCACAACUACGUUCAUGUAAUCUUUUUCCAGUUUCAUUUAGGGUUUCCUACUACUAUUUUAUCCGGUAGCCUCUACAGUGAAUUUUUUUGACAUUUGUAGAGCUGCUGCAGAGUUUUAUUUAGGUGUCAUGUUAAUAUGUUGUAGGAGAGGUAUCUGCCUUGUAGACUGGUCUUGCUGUUACUUUUUAUCCUAGCAACGGCCAUUGGAGUCCUUUCAAGUUUAUGUUUGGUGUCAUUAUUAUAAGUCCAUUGUAAUGUUUAGAAAAUUAUUAUCACAUGACUAUUUAAAAUAUUUUUUAUCUUUUAUGUA